UACGACAAUUAACCAACCACUUUUUAAACAAACACAACCCAUUCCAACCAACACCACCGAUCCGUUUCGAACUCAAAUCACAUUCGUAUCGCCUUUGAGAAUAUUCGAUUACCGUUCAUCUUUCGCUUCAAGAACCCAAUCUACCCGAAAGAGCCGCAACCGCAAACAUGCCCGAAGACGCUCCCUACGACCCUUACAUCCCCAACCAGGGCGCCGGCGGCGCUGGUGGAAGGGGAGCAGCGACGCAGCAGGGAGCAGGUGGAAAUGCCAGGACACAGGCGCUCCAGAGCCAAAUCGACGACACCGUCGGUGUGAUGCGCGAUAAUAUCAACUCGGUCGCUCAGCGUGGCGAGCGCCUCGAUGUGCUCCAGGACAAGACAGACAACCUCGCACAGUCAGCCCAAGGUUUCCGCCGAGGUGCCAACAGGGUCCGCAAGCAGAUGUGGUGGAAGGACAUGAAGAUGCGGGUCUGCAUUAUCGUCGGCAUUAUCAUCCUGCUCCUCAUCAUCAUCCUACCAAUUGUUUUCCACUUCAAGGGCAACUAAACGAAAGCACCACGACCAUGAACCAAUCAAUCAGCAACGACGAUGACUGCCUGUGUGGCGCGCAUUAAGCGCGCAUUUGUAUGUACGAAACGGGAAGCCUGGUGGACUAGGCGCGGCGUUUUACCUUUUUUGUCUUUUUUCUGCCCCUCUCUCUCUAUAUCCUUGCUGCAUCAUAAUGAAGAGACGCUUGUUCACGACCAACUCUACCCAUGAAUCCCUCGGUUUGUUAAUGAUCUGAGGGCAGUCGGACUUGGGUGUGACGGGCUCCGAAGACUGAGCAUCAAGUGCCUUUUUGGGGAGAGCGAGCUACAGCCUUGUCUUGGAAAGGGAUGGAAGAUUUCAUAUUGUGGCAUGUGGCAUGGGAAAGCCAGCGUAACCCCCAUAGACUAGCAGCCAUGGAUGGAGGCUUCUUUUGGAUGGACGUCUCAAUCCGCCAGAGGGACUGGUCCUGUAAAUUUGGCACAUCAUGAAUGAACUGUUGUAGCAUUGUGUUGACACUCGUCAGACCUUUCUUGACUAUUAUCAUGCAGUCACUAUCGUGAUGUCGACGGAACGG